CAAACCGUGCAAAAACGCCUACUGUGCGGGAACGGGGGAUUCUAUUGUUGCCACUCUGCAUGGCGAGAGAGAGAGAGAGAGAGAGGACACACUACACCGAAGCACCAACACAGCGGUAGUGUUGUGAAUACUAUGACAACAAUGUGGCAGAGACAACCAACGCAACAUGCGAUACAUGGCCGAAGGUGUCUGACAGUCCGCCGUUGCCAUCUAGGAGUCGGUUCAAAAUUUGCAUUAACCACGCGACAACGGCGCCACGGAGAGCACGCUCGAGAGUGAGAGUGUGUAGUGCCCGAACUGAGCUGAGAGAGAAUGCAAAGAAUUUAGCACCGUCGAACGGCACGGAUCUUUCGGUACUCGGGGCACAGUAGAAGAAAACGAACGACACUGGGAAGGUGGUCAGUCGUGUGCUAUCACGAGUCGGAACGAAUUGCCUUGCUAGAAUAGAACGGUGCGUGUGUGUGUGUGUGCUGUAGCUGAGUUUCCAUAUCAAGUGAAAAUUGGAAAAGUGGUCCUUUUGUAUAAAGCAGUGUCACCACUAGCCCUUUCUGUGAAAGGAAAGCACCAAUGGCACGGUGCUAGUCGGUCUGUCUGCACGGCCAAGAGCACCUUCAAUCUGUCUGUCUGUGUGUGUAUCACCGCAUCUUCGAGCAUGGCGUAAAAACGUAAAGCAAGUGGGACAUUCAUUCACUAGAAGGGCCAACCAGUAUCAUCAUCACCAGAUACCGAUUCCGGAGUUGCGGUGCCUGCGGGAGUUUGCAAAAAAAAAUCGUCCUUCGUUUCCGGCUUCCUCAUUCCGUGCCGCAGCGUACAGCGUGAACCCCGCGAUCCAGUCGAUUUUGACACAUGACAGUUUGAUAUUUCAGUGGAGGGCUGAGAGUGUGAAGAAGAAAGAGAGCGACAGAGAGUGAGAGAGCAUAGACAGCACUCUGGUUGGCAACGGGAAACCGGUGACAGCAGCUCCUGGCAGCAGUCACGAAAGCUUGCCUCUGUGUGCUGUGUGCUGCCGUGAAAAGUGUCCGUCCCUGUUGGAAAACUGUCAAUGUCGCAUUGCGGAUGAGAGCGUCCCGUGUGGUGCCACCAGACCCCCAAGUCGCGAGUCGGUCGGAUUGUUACGCGUGAACUUGCAUUUUUGCGUGCUUUUCUUAUUGGGUUUUGUUUCAAUUGGAAGUUGAUAGGAAAUUCGAAGUGAAUUAGAAUAAGGAAAUAUCCUAUAUUGAGUGUGUUUUUAAAAGGCAAAUCAUCCUUUUGGUGUGUACAUCAGUGAAGCAACUCGAUGUCCGAUAAAAAAAUGGAAUAAGUUUAAUUAGCAAACCUCUUUGUGUACGUGUGUUUGCGUGAGUGAGUGUGCUAAACGAUCCUAUGAAAAUCAUCUAUGUGAACAACUGAGUGAAGAAAAUUCGUGCAAAAGUGGCUGAGAAGAGUGUGCACACGAAAAAAAAGGAAGCAAAAAUCAAUUAUCUGCAGGCAAAGGGGGAGAACGUCCAAUCUAUUUGGUAACAGCUGGGGCAAGCAAAAAAGAAUAGAAAAGUUGGCACCAGCUGCACCAAACCCUGCUGCAGCAGUGGGGACCAAUUUUCGAAUCAAUAAUUGGUCCAUCGUGAAUCAGUGACAGUCGGCUGGGCGGACGGCAUAAUCGGCAUUGGAGUUGGCUGUGUUCGGAUAGCAAACAUGAUACGACUGAGUUAGGUUGCGGUCGCACUAGCACCAGACCUCAAUGUCGCCAUCAGUGAGCGAAAAAGCAGCAGCAGCAGCAGUAGCAGCAGCAGCAGCAGCAGCAGUAGUAGUACCAGCGUCAACAGUAUCGUGCCCGCGACGGCACCAACGAAAGCACGGAAAGACGGCCACUUCGUAACCUUUUCUUGUGCGCUUCCUACAUUUCUAGCGCACUUCCCCCUUUUCGCUCUCCUGUUUUCUCUGACACUUAAGCUACACAUACACUCUGACGCCACUGUCAAGCAACGUGUGAGAGUACACAAACCGACCACACAUACAAGUGUCUUCUGUUAUCCUUUGCGCUCGCUCGCUCUCCCUUUCUCUCUCGCUCGCGGCGCUCUCGGCAGUUGCCGCACACUGUUGCAUUUCACCGUGCAGCAUAAUAACGCGCGCUCUGUGUGCAAAACAAAACACACAAAAAGAAACAACCACUCCGUUCCUUUACUGUCAUAUGAUUCGAGCUUCCGGACACCGGUACAGUAGGCAGACCAGCAAAACUACAUCAACAAUACGCAGCAGCACCAGCGCGACCGAACGUUGUUAUUAGGAUAGGCGAAUUUUUAAAUCAAACAAACCGUUAGCGAUGGAUCGAAAACAGUGGGUUAUUAUCCCUUUAGCACUGGUAGGAGUGUUUUGGUUUUGGAUUCCACAGGUUUCCGCCGAGUGUCAAACACGCUCAAUCUACUGCUACGAGUGUGACAGUUGGACGGAUGCGCGAUGCAAGGACCCGUUCAACUACACCGCCCUGCCCCGCGAUCAGCCACCGCUGAUGACCUGCAACGGAUGCUGCGUCAAAAUGGUGCGCCACUCCAGGACGCCGUACGAGGUCGUGAGGCGGAUGUGUACGUCACAGUUGCAGAUCAAUCUGUUCAUGGUAGAUCAUGUGUGUAUGAUGGAAAGUUCUGGCAAUGGCCAUAUGUGUUUCUGUGAGGAAGAUAUGUGUAACUCCAGUCCCUCCAGCUUGCUCACCGCGAACCCGCACCACACCGUGCACGUGUGCAUCGGUAGCGUGCUGGCCGUGUACUUGCUACAGCUCCUCCAGCGAGUCUUUCGGUAAAGCGUGUCGAGGUCGGUUAUGGUUAACUUACUUAGAGAGCAAAGAAACGCGACCAGAAAAAAAAACACAAAAGCAAACCAAAACCCCAAACAAACAGCUACUGUCGCUCGGGCCCCUUCCUUGUCUCGCUGUAGUGGUUUGUCCUUUGUCCCGCUGACCCGCUGUUAUCAUCCUAUCUCUCUCUCUCCCCUCAAUCCCAAUCCUCAACCUCAACCAAUCCAAUUAGAUGCACCCCCGUCUUGGCCGACUGGCAGCUAGCUGUGCUGUUUGCCCUCGCAACCAAUGAAAGACUCGUACUCUCCCAGCCCCCCAAAACGCUCCGUUUUUUAUUACUACAUACUCCCGCUUAAAGCGCACCACGCUCGCCUCUUUCUUAUACCUAUAUAGUUGUAUCUGUUGUAUGUUCCUUGCGAUCAGUUCGAUCUCCGAUUCGACACCGGUUCGGCUCGGAGGUCCUCGAUGCGCCACGCGGGCCCACUCGCCCAAGUACGUCCCAAAGUGCUGUGCUAUAGACACGUGCCCGUGCGUCACACAAGAGUCUCCCGGGCUCUUGGGGCCAUCCUUAAGGAUCCAAACCACUCACUCACACAUCAAUCAAGCAGCACCUCACCCAAUCAAUCCAUCCUUUCGAUUCGAAUCAUUUUGGUAGCGAAAAAGAAAAGAGUGAACCGAACGGAAAUGUAAAGAAAAUGUGCUCCACUCCAAAAGCACAUGCUACACAUGGUCGCGCCGCCAUCUAGGCACUCCAUCUAGGCCUGGCACGUGCUCAAUUUGUAGUAGCAAUUUUUGUGAAAGAGUCCCCCCCCAUUUCAUGUCCCCAAUUUCCACAAGCGGUUCCCACCAACAAAAAAGAAAAACCAUUCCAUCCUCUUCGCUAUCGGUUCGUUUAGUCCCAUUUUUCUGUUCUCUUUUUGUCUCUUUCUCUCAUGUUAUUGUUUUCCCCCACUGAAUCUUAAAAAUAGAUAGUUUUCUUACUUUGUUUUCAUAAAAAAAUAGACUGCACCAAUGGAGUUUUUUCUUUCAAAGAAUAGAGCGAUGUAAUACCUUUUUGGCAGUUUUAGAUUCUGAAGAACACUUUGGUUUUUGCUCUUUUAUUUUUUGCAAUCUUUCACUUCACUUUUUACAUUGGAUUUGUUUACAAGUUAAACUAUUUUGCGUUUUUUUCGUAAUUCUUUUCAGUAGUUAGCGAUAGAGUUUGUUCGUUUUCAUAAAUCUAUUCAUACGGUUGUCUAUUUAACACAUUCUUCUUGGAUGAUUAGUAGAGACACUUUUAGCGUUGUUUUCUUCUUCUCGCUAACGCAGAUCAUAAUCUCAUUGUUAUUAUCUUAGCUUAGCUAUAAAAAGUACAUUCUAUCGCCACGGUAAUACGGCAACACAGGGACACGUUUAAUGCGUUUCAUCGUCUUUCGACCGGUGAAACCGAUCCGACCAACUUAAUCCAAUAUCAAUCUUCCUCUCGCUUGACAGGGAAGAACAUUAAAGACAGUGAAAGCAACGCUUCAUUGGUGUGCUAUCGCUAGGGACACCAAUUUUCACGCAUUUCCCAAUCGCUAGCUUAGAUAGGAAGAUAUAGAAGUACAUCCAGGUUUAUCCAGUCACAUGUUUCGAUUCCGCACCCUUACCGGCAAGUAUAUUUUUGAUAGAUUUUCGAUCCUUGUUAUAAAAUACGACAAGCAGCUGCAUUGAAUGCAGCUGUGGAGAUAGUGUAAAGAAACAGAUUCCUUGCAUGAUACAUUCUAAACAAAAAAAAAAAAAACAAGCGCGAAAACUAUAUGCACCGAACAGGAGCGGGGACGUAUCAUUCUUAUUCUAAACUCUUAUCUCUAGCCUCAACUUUUUCUCAUUUUUUUGUGUAUAAGUACACCACCAUACGUUCAUAUAUGUAAGAAGUCAGCAACUGUUUUGCUCCCAAGUGUAUUGAUUGACGAUGAAUCUCAUGUAAAUAUCAUACACCCUUUCCAAAGCGUUUGAAAAGUUACUGCUAGUUACUGCGUUUAACACGUUUGAUUAAAUACCAUUUAUUAGCGAAGAAAAGCAGCUACGGUUACUUACAGUUGGUUUGUUUUCAUUGUUUCAAUUUUUGUUUAUAGUAGACGCAUGAUAGGAAUAGUGUUAGAGUUUAUUUUUAAUAAGUAUACUAAAUCACUAAUCUUUCUUCGUUCACUUUGUUCAUUCGUUUCAUUAGUUUUAUACUUAUUCUAACCAUGUAUUUCUCUGUUUUAACAUAUUUUUCCAACUCUCUAACCACUAACCAGCUAGAUAUGUACAUUUUUACCUUUUUAUUAACUUUCUUCCUUGUUUUGUUGUUAUCGUUUUACCUUCUUCUACAUUAGGCAAGUUAGCAAGCUCAUGCGUUUACCUACAUUUUGCAGUUUCUCUUUACUGGUAUUGGUUUGUAAUUGUUUCCCUUUUCGUUGAAAAGUAGUGGCGCCCUUUUUAUUAUUUUCAUUUUGACUUUCUACUUUGACCCUCCUGUCUCUUCUGUCCUAUUGACUUACACAUUCCCUUUCCAUAAUAACUAUGCCCAUGAAUUUUCCCUAUUUCAACCCCGAUCAUAUCACAUUUACAUGAUCACAUGAGAUCCCAUUAAAAUUGUACUUUAGCCUUUUUCCACCCCACACACACACACACACCCUUUCUCUCACAUUCUUUAUCUCUCUCUCUCUUUCUUAGAUAGCGCAUCCCGAGUUAAAUCAAGUUUUUUAUACAUGCUCUAUAACCCGCUAUAACCUUUAGAAGAGCUACCUUAGAAGCCUAUUAGUUCGUUCGUUGGGAAGAGGGGGGGCGCAAUGGUAGACAGUUCGGUUUUUUGAUACGAAAGCACAGCAAUAGUUUUUGCAGCGUCCGCAGACGGCAGACGUGGAUUGUUGUUUGCCACCAAGAGUGUGACUAACUUGACUUGAGAAUGAGCCAAAGCUCUCAACACAAUAAAACUAAAAGAAACACACUAACACACACACACACACACACACUCAUGCUCAUUCCCGCUAUCCCAGGCAAUAAAGGAGGACUACUGUAGAUGGCAAGAGCGAUAUUAGAUAGUUACAAAUUUAUAUACACUACACUCUUGGUAUACAUGUACACACUCCGCAUACGUAACGGUGCGUUGGAGGCGUAGUUGAAAGCGAAAACACUCGCCAAGAGGUGGGUGAUCCCGGUGUGGGUGUAAGCUGUAAGCAGUAACCAGUCCCAAACUCCCCGCGGCAAACCAACGCAAAAGCAAUAAGACACGCGGCAUACAAGAUUCAUCCAGUUUGCAACACUAGGCGUCAUCUUAGGUUGUUCAUUUGUUUUUCCUCUUUUAAAACAAUAAUUAAAGCGGAAGCUAUUUUUGUUUUUACCCUCACCCUGGACGGCACAACGAAGACUCGGUUUGUUUGAUUUUUGCGAUUUUCAAUUUGCAUACAUUUCAGUAGUGUAAAUACAAACAUUAUGACGGAAAUGUUACACAAAUCCAUGGGCAAGGGGAAGGAUGUUAGAGAUCAUGGUUUGAAAUUCAACGUGCAACAUAGUUUUGAAAGGCACUGUGCAGGUAUUAUCGAGUACCUUUGCGGUUUGCCAUUGCUUGAAGUGAAAUUGAAGCUUAUAUCCUUCCUGCGAUUGACUCUACAGUUGCAUAUUGAUUAACACAUCUCGUGUGGAGUGUUUUUUGAAGUACUGUUACACAGUUUUCUUAUAAAAAAGAGAAGCACUUCCUUCUAAAACAUAAUUGUGCACGUUGAAAUUCCAAUGAACAGCUCGACUAAUGCGUUUAUCUUCUUUCUCAUGAGUACAUUGUAUCUUGUAAAAACACACACAUACAAAUAUUUGCGUUUGUUCAUCCUGCACAGAACUCAUCCUACAACGCCCCACGCACCCGCUCCCCGUAGAACCCUCAGCUAGAUACUCAAUUAUUUCUGUUUAUUUUUCAACGCUCACGUGUAAUGAUAAUCAAACGCAAUGGUCCCCAAAACAAACAAAACCUAAACACACACACACACACCCACACAAGCAAAGCAGCAAUUUAAAGGUAACCUAGGCACAAUGGUCUGUCAAUCGUUUAUUGGUAUUUUCCUCCAGUCUUUUGAUUCGAGCAAUGAGCUGUGCCCAUGAGGAGCAAUGUGAACAAUAAAACACGCGCAAGAUGAAAUCAACUGCAAUAAGAGCAAUAGGAAUGUCGUAGCUAAAUAAUCAAAACUCACAAAAUACACACUACACACUACUGCACACCAAACUAACACAAACCACAGCGGAGCAUGAGCACGAUUUUGCCACAAAUUGUGUAGGCAAAGCGUACCAAUUUAAUGCAAACGAUCCACGUUCCAGGCAGACCAAAAUCGAGUUGAAUAGCUCUCGAAUCGUUUGAAAGCGGGAAAACAUGCACACGUGUGCGGUCCUCUACUACACAGGUAGUGUACUGGCUGGAAUGGGAUGAGAGCAUCUUAUGAGCUUUUCGAUGUGUCUACCAACCAAUAAUGGAAAUGGCGCAAUGAGUAACACAAUAAGUGAAUGACGCAGGUGAAUCUUGUUAGCAUCAUCACGCAAAACCCUAGAGUAAACGAUAUAUUCAUAUAUUUAUAUAUUUUUCAAAUGUAUAAGAAUUUUCGAAAAAUAACAUAUUCUUACAAACACACACACAAACACAAACACACAAAAUCAGUAGAUGGAAGAGGAAGUUUUGUUUUGCUACUGUUAAUAAUGCAGAGCUUUUCCAAGUGUUCCAUAACUUUUCACCACAGCAAAAGUUUACCAAACUGCUGGUAAUAAAAUGUUAGCCAAGAAACUUCAACUGAAUUUUCCCGGUACAGCAAAGGUUGUGUUAUUUUGCUUCAACAGAGUGGGUUUCCUGGAAAACGAACCCCUGAGACGUGUAGCGAAUUUUUGGUAAUGAAAUAUUCAAUAUCGCUUCUGAGUGGCCUGCAAAGGAAGAAAAGUACUUUAAAGGUCACAUUGCAAGGAGUUCAAACCUUUUUUUCGGUCUACAAAGUGUACUCCUUUACACCAAAUUUGAGAUUUUUGGUUAUAGAAAGAAUUAAAAUACACACUCUACACCCAACCACGGAUUGGACACACACACCUACAUGAUCGCAUCCAUAAGUAAACAAAUCCACUCUAGAUAUAUGUAAAAAAAAGUUAUACAAUGUGACAGUGGCAAAGGAAAACUUUAUCUAUUGAAUGUAAUUUUCUACAACUGUUCAAGCUGUUACCAGACCAAAGAAUAAGAAAAAAGACGGGGUUGGAAAUUCAAAACUCGUAAACUCUAGUACGUAUCAUUCAUCCAUACCCUCGGGAGGAAUAUAUUAAAUCUGAUCUUUAAAAAAUCUACCCAGAAUGACCCUGAAAAGAGAAACAACAACAACAACAAAACUAACAUUCAAACAAUCUAUUUAAAUGAUCUGCGCGCGCGCGCGCCCAUCAAUGCGUUUUUCGAUGCGCGAAACCAUUCAAAUGACGUUUAAUUAGAUCGUGUCAACCGCAGCCGCAGCUAAAUCAUACAUACUGUCUAAAAACAACAACACAAAAAAGAGAUUAUGAGAAAACUGUAAACUGAGAGUGAAAGUAGAGUAGAUUCUACCGUCGAAAUUGAUGCUUCUCCUUUUGCGUCGUACGUUUUGUAUACAUUCACUGCAUAUUUAUUGCGUAAAGAGCCUCGCUUUUCACUCCGAAUGUAAUGUGGUUCCAUCCAGAAUUGAGAGAGCUUUAUUGACUAGAGAGAGCGAGAGAGCCAGAAAGCGAGAGAGCGUACAUUCGCGGAAAGCAGAAGCCAACUUCGAUCUGUCUACUGUGCGUGAUUCGGUUGCGUCUUGAGUGUUCCCGUACCGCUUGGUUCUUGCAGGAUAGGAAACCUUGUUAGUGAAGUUAUUAAGCUAGAAAAAAAUGACAAAUUAUGUCUAGCAAAAAAGCAAAAAAAAUAAAUUAAAAAGCAGAUGGUUUACAAACCAAGAAAAAAAAGAUCGAAUCGAAAAAAAAUAACUAAAAAUACAUAUACAAUUUUUUGACAGUUUUUUAAGUAUCGUUAAUUAAGGCAGACAAAAAAAAAAUGCGCGAAACAAGCAAGCAAACAGGUUGGCCGGAACUGGUCCGCUUUGGUGGCCAGCGUUAGAGCAGCCUUGCGUCCGAGUUAGAUUAUUUUAGAUGAAUACACUUUUUUUGGGGGAAGAAAAUAGCGAACAAUACUGAUCGGAUUGUCACUCAAACUCCAAUUUGAAAAAAAAACCAAAUCAAUAAUCCCAUCUGUACAGUUUGUGUGUUUGAGCACGUGUGGAGGGAAUAGGCUUACAGCAAAUGUAUCAUACAUUGAACAACAAUAACAAAAAGGCACACAUAUUAAAAAUGUAAACCAGGCCACACCGAAAAAAAAAAGCAGACGACAGCGAGUAAGGUGUAAUAAGUAAUAUUUGCGAAUUAUCUGAACAAAACCCCCAGCCCAAAACAGAGAAAAACAGCAGAUGCAAGCGUGCAAGCGCCUGAUGUGUACGAUGGAAUUUAGCGUAUGAUCAAUAAUAAAUGCAGCAUAUAUAACUUUGGAUCACGGCGUCUGUUGUGCGCGUUUGUCCCCGCAUUUAAAACAUGCAUGAGUUGAAAUCGACGGACCGACCCCCAGCUCGAGCGUCACCCCCCGUUUUGCUCUUGUUUUUGUAUCUUUGCAUCAUAGCGCGCAGCCUGUGGCAGAAAGCAAGCAACACAACUCCGAAUGCUUCAAUUUACUUACUCUUUCCUUCGCUUUCUUCCCAUAACAUCUCCUGCCUUUUGGGGACUGCUAUAAACGACGGAACUUAGCUCAACGGUGGAGCGAAUGCAUCUCUCUGAAAAACUGUUUUGAAUUAGCUUCUAUUAUUUUCGAUGCCUGUUCUUCACCGCCCAAAAUAACACAACACACACACACACAUACAAUUUCGUGCUUUUGAUACCUUUCGACAAACACGAACACGUUACAGCAUUGCUUGCAAAAGAUACAACAGCAGAUUUAAAUUAAAAAAAUCAAACUGCUUUGAAACCUAUUGAACAGCUUCGAACCAAACAUGAAACAACGCUUUUACAUCUAUCAAACACACACACACACACAAUCUCUCUCUCACACUCUCUCUACGCCUCAGGGUAAUGAUAAGGAUCCCUGCUUCGAUAACAACGCUUGAAACUGAAACAUUGUAUCCGAACCAAACAUGCACCCAACACACUGACAAGUGGUAGCGACAGUACCUGCAAGCAAGCAAGCAAGCAAACCGAAGAAGGAAUAGAAUGAAAACAAGCUGUACAAUACAAUGUACUGGUUAAAAAUGCAAACCUCAAAAAAGCUGAAAUAUUGCAUGCUUUCCGCGAUCAUAUUGCGAACUGUCUGUUGUGCUCGUGGCUUUGUGCUUCGGCUGGAAGCAAAGCGUGUGCAAAACUGUUACUAUUGUAUAGCCGGCUUUGUAUCUAGCAUGCUGUUUCCCGAAGAAGUUUCGUUGCUUUUCGUCUUUGUCCUAGUUUUUUUUAUUUCGCUUCACUGUGCUUCUGGUGUUCUGAUUUGUUUAUGUAUUAUGUACAUUCGCUUAUUUUGUUACACUUUUUACUGUGUGUUGUGUACCUUUAUCUACUAGAAUUAUACUACAUUUUGUUAUUGUCUUACCAUUUCUUACCCCUAUCUGCUUUAUUUGUGUGGUUUUGUUAUGCGUAUGAGUGUUAAAUGUUUUUCAAUGUUGAAUGUUGUAUAGCGUUCUGUGCACGUGAUAUAGGGUAUAGUGUAUCGACAUGCUUAUGUUUUAUUCCUUCCCCGAGAAGAGUUUCAUCGCAAUCAACUUUAUUAAUGUAUCUCUUUACGUACUUUAUGGAUCAUUUUUUCCCGUUCUCGUCGGUGUGCGAUCGAAUCAAACGUGUGUCCGCGUAAGCUUUGGUCAAUGUCUUCUAUCUUCUCUGUUUCCCCCCCAUUACUUCAAUCCCUUCAAUCGACUCUGCCUCGUUUUCCCGUGUUGGUGUAUUAUCUUCAUUUCAUCCGACAUGUGUUUGUAUCUCUCUUCCUCUUUAGGGUUUUAUCCUUUUUUUUUUUUCUUCGUCACCUCUUUUCACCUUAUGAUUUAUUUAUCUGUCCGAUUCGGCACCCUUUUCUCGCCGAGAACUCGAUGCCAAUUAUUUAGUUGUACCCUUUCUUUUCUCUUUGUGUGUGUGCGCGCCUUUUUUUAUUAUUCUGUCUUUCGAACCGCAUCCUACCAUUUAAACCUUUUUCUGAAACGACUACAUCUUUACACCCGUUUUUCACGUUCUACCAUACAAUACCAUACACAUACAUACGACCUACGUAGCUUCCUUUUCCGAGUUCCAGAGCCACCGAAAAAAGGAAAAUCCCACUCUACUCAGCUCCCGCCGGGUUUACGGCACCGCAGAGCGCACAUCACUUCUUCUCCUUCGGGUUCUACACAUGCCUUUUUCUGUGUGUGUGUGUGCGUAUCAGCCAUAGACUUCAAGAACCCCGCAUAAUUAAUUCGAAGGAAGAAUGUGGUUCUUUCCUAUGGGUUUUAUGCUACGCUGGUUUUGUUUUCUUACCUAAGAAAGCCAGCAUGAAAGCUUCUGUUUCGUGGUAACAUAAUAUGGUUGAUACGAAGAAACGAAGCAAAAAGAGCUACAUUAGAGUCUUUCUACUUUUGAAGUUUGGCGAAAUUUUUAAUGAUAAUAUUGUCCAAAUUUUGCGGUAAUUCAAAAACCGGAUGCUGUUUCUCGAAAGUACGGAGCAUCACUACCACCAUCUAAAUGCGUAUUGCUGUAACCUUUUUUUACAUUUAAAAAGACUCAUUCAAUUAUCAUCUUCUACCGUUCGGUGUGUGGUUCUAAACUAAUCAUAAAAACUAUGUAACUAUGCCAAUAUAAAGAAAGAAUAAAAACACUUGGCAUCUGCAUGUAAUUUCACCAAGUACUAGGCGUCUCCAUGAAGCUUCGUCAGCUACCGGGCGUCUCCAUGGAAACUAAUUCUUAUGCCACAAGGAACUUUUCCUACCGGCAGCCAGAUUGCCAUGCAACGUUCGCCGUUUGCCAAGUGCGGAUAUCGAUCGUGAUUUCGCUGAGCUCGCAAAAAACUCGCAGAAUUCGCUUCCGUAUCGAAUCAUCCGAACUGGGUCAAUUGGCGCGGAUAGAAUACGUAUGCUGGCUAAGCUCGCAGGGUAAUUGCACCGGCGUGUCACAUUCUUUUCGCGCUACACUUUGUAACAAAGGCGGAUAAGAGUCAGCGCCUCUAUUCAACAACUCAUUAAGCGUAGUUAAAAAAAACGGACGUACAUCCAAAGGCACUGUUUUCACACUGCAGCACGGGUUGUAAGCGUACCUUUCAUGCUUUCCGGUAGCUUUCGGAAAGCAACGCUUCGCUUAACACUCGCAGGAUUAUAGGAAGCGUUUCCACCAGUAAGUACCAUCCAAGCACAGGUGAACAAUUGUGAAGUGCUCCUCUCGAGCGUCUGAAUUGUGACUGCAUUGUGUGCUAUCAAUGAUGCUUUGUAAGCAGAAAAGAGCCUGUAUUCAUGCUUUUCGUUCUGCUCUUCUGUAGAGUUCCAUGUAGCGAGGGCAAGACGUUACUUUGAUUUUAUAAUGGCUUUUGUUUGAUUCGAAAGCAACGCAAGGGAAACAUAUUUUGUUUUGUUAGCUUCAGCAAACCUGCAGCACUUGAACAAGCUUUAAAUAAUUCACAUAUUUCUACCGAUGACACGGUAACGCACACGGUUUGUUGAAAUGCAUUUCCCCCCCCCCCCCCCCCAUUAGUGGGCCACUUUAAGUCAGUUUUCACCACUUUCUUGCACAUCAAUGACAGCCAAGGUUAAAGAACCA